AUGCCAGGAAUUGGUAAGGCUUUUAGACACUGCUUAGCACUCAUUGAACAUCACCAAAUUCACACAGAAGAAAGACCUUAUAGAUGUUGUGAAUAUAGAGUAUGUUUCCAAAACAGUUCAACUCUAACCAAACACAAAAGAACCUUUAAAUGUUGCCAGUGUGGAAGGACCUUCAACCAGAUUGCCCCACUGAUCCAACACCAGAGAAUUCAAACAGGUGAGAUGUCGUAUGAAUGUAGCAAAGGUGGGAAAUCCUUCAUAAAGUUGAAGUGGACUCACACAGAUAAGAAGCCCUGUGAGUUCAGUGUCUGUGGGAAGGUCUUUCAGCAAAGUGUCCACCUUACUCAGCACUGAAUCCACACUGGACGGAAGCCCUGUCAUUGUGAAUGUGGUAAGACCUUCAGCCACACCUCAUCCCUGACCAAAUUCCAUCAAUUCCACACUGGUGAGAAGUCCUGUGGAUACUGUGAGUGUAGAAAAGCCUUCUCCCAGAUCAUACCAUUGGUUCAACAUCAGAGAACCCACACAGGAGAAAAGCCCUAUGAAUGCAGCCAGUGUGGGAAGGCCUUCAGUCAGAGCACACUCCUGACUGAGCACUAGAGGAUUCAUACUGGAAAGAAGCCCAAUGGAUGCAAAGAGUGUGGAAGCUCCUCUCUCAGCCAGCAUGAGUGGACAUACACAGGAGAAAAGCCCUAUGAAUGAAGUCACUGUGGGAAGGUCUUUAAGCAGAGCGCUUACCUGCACCAAAGAAUCCACAUGGAGGAGGAGCCCUAUUAGUGCAGUGACUGUAGCAAGGCCUUCAGUCACAGCUCAUCUCUAACAAAAUAUCAGCAAAUUCAUGCUGCAUAAAAGCCCUAUGAAUGCAAUGAUUGUGGCAGAGCUUUCAGCCAGCUUGCUCCUCUCAUUCAGCAUCAAAGGAGAGAAGCAUUCAUAGGUGAGAAGCCCUAUGAACGUAAUGAGUGUGGCAGAGCCUUCAGCCAGAGUUCUCUCCUCAUAAAACACCAGAGUAUUCACACCAAGGAAAAGCCUUAUGGAUGCAGUGGGAAAUCCUUCAGCCACAGCUUAUCAGUCAGUCAUCAAGAAAGAACACACACUGGAGGAAAGCCCUAUGAGUGUCAGGAUUGUGGCAAAGCUAUCAGGCAGAGCGCCCACCUUACUCAGCACCAGAGGAUCCACACAGGACAGAAGCCCUACAAGUGCAGGGACUGUGGCUAAGCUUUUACACAUAUCAAACACCAGAGAACUCAUACUGGGUAG